AUAUAAAUACUACUUCAGACUUGCAUAUAAAUGAAAACAUCACUAAAACAUUUAUUAAAGGUAAAUACUAUAAGAGAUCAAAAUGGUUGUGGUUAACAUUGAAAAAAAUAAAGUUUCUAAAAAUGAAGAGGAAAAGACGUGGCCACAAAUAUAUGCCGUAUUAAUAACUACAAUGGUCGGCAUCACCAACGGGCAAUUUUACGCAUGGGCCUCCCCAUUCAUGGUACAAAUAAUUAACGACAAGGCGAAUUAUAACAUCACAGAAGAACAGGCAUCUUAUUUCAAUACAAUAAAUCCAAUAUUUACCGUUCUCAUCUGUCCCUUCUGUUCUAAAUUUACCGAUAAUCUUGGACGCAAGAAGACAAUAUUGCUGAUUACAGUACCUCAGAUAGCUGGUUGGGUGUGCGCUGCAUUAGCCAAAGACGUAUACCUAUUCUAUGUCUCACGCGCCUUCGCAGGAAUUGCUGAUGCAAUAUUCUUUGCAGCUCUUCCUCCUUAUAUCGGAGAAAUAACAACACCCGGAGUAAGAGGCAAGUGGGGGAAUCUUCUUGCAGGAUCCUACUACAUAGGAGAGUUCUCAAUUAACGUCAUAGGCAGUUACUUUGGGGUAGUAAGAAGUUCUUACAUAUGUCUGCCCUUGCCUAUUAUAUUCUUCGUUUUGUUUUCAUUGAUACCCGAAUCUCCGUAUUAUUUAUUAAUGAAGGGCAAAGAAGAUGAAGCCAAAAAGUCCUUAAUAUAUUUUAGAGGAGACAAAACUAUUGACCAAAAUUUAAAUCAACUAAAACAUGAUGUUCAGCGACAAAUGUCAGAAUCAGGAACAUGGAUAGACUUGUUUAAAAUAAAAAGUAACAGGAAGGCUUUGUUAGCAGCAGCUUUUUUGCGUUUUACACAACACACGUCAGGGCUUGGUAUUUUAAUAACAUUUACCCAGUUUGUUUUCCAAAAAUCUGGAGGAAACCUAAGCCACGAGUUGUCUUCUAUAAUAUACACAGGUGUCCAGAUGACUUUGAAUUUUAUCGUCCUGACUUUCAUCAUGCAUAGAUUUGGACGGAGAGGCUGCUAUAUGACAAGCACUGGUGUUAAUGGUAUAAUACUAUUUUUCAUGGCAACCUAUUUUUACUUCAAUGAUUAUACUGACAUCGACGUUUCGAGUUUCAAUUGGUUUCCAGUCGCCAGCACGGUUGUAUUUCAAAUUUUUGCUUCAUUUGGCUUAAACGUCAUUCCCACUCUUAUGCUGAGUGAGCUCUUCUCGGUCAGUAUUAAAACUAAAGCAAUGGUCUUAAUUGUUCUUACUUUUGGAGCGGGUGGUGCCCUUAUCAAUUAUUUGUUUUAUUUAAUCAAUACAAGUGCUGGAUUUUUUGCACCUUUCUACGUGUUUGCAUUUUGUAAUAUUCUAACUGCAGUAGUAACUUAUUUUAUAUUACCAGAAACAAGGGGUAAGACGCUAGAAGAUAUUCAGCAGUCCUUGAAGAAUAACAAAAUAUAUUAGAAAUAGGUAUUAUUAUCUACAUUAGAUGAUUUUUAGUCUGUGAUAAAUUCUUAAAUAUAAUAAAUGUUUUAAUAA